UAUAUAUACAUUUCUUAAACCCUUAAACCCUAAUUAUUAUUUUUUUCAUCGCAUUCCACCUUUCUCUUCCUCCUCGCUCAAACUUCCCCUCUCUGCGCCGUUCCUCCCAAAUGGAUGCACCAAUGGAGUUUUGGGGUGUUGAGGUUAAGGUUGGUCAGACCGUGACAGUUGACCCAAUGGAUCCUGUGGAUUCAUACAUACACAUAUCUCAGGUUGCGCUCGGAGAGGCGAAAAAGGAGAAACCUAAUGAGUCUGUGGUUUUGUAUUUGAAAGUUGGUGAACAGAAGAUUGUCUUGGGAACCCUUUCUAGGGAUGGCAUUCCUCAUCUAUCGUUGGAUUUGGUUCUGGACUCCGAUUCCGAGCUUUCCCACACUUCAAAAAGUGCCAGUGUCUUUUUCUGUGGGUACAGAGUACUAACUGGUGGCAACAAUGCUUCUGAUUUUUCUGAUAGUGAAGAGGAUGAGGAACUUGCAUUGGAGGGUCAAGAUAAUGAUGAAGGUGCAAAGGUUACCAAACCUUCUAAACCUGUUCCCAAGAUUGGUGCCCCAGCAAAAACAGCUGAUCCUAAGAAAGACAAGGGUGAUGAUUCUGAUGAUGAAUCGGAUGAUGAUCUUGCUGGUGAAGAUGAAUUUGGAAGUUCCGAUGAGAUGGAUGAUGACAGCGAUAGUGAUGAGGAGAGUGAUGAAGAGACCCCUGCUAAGAAGGUGGAUCAGGGCAAGAAGAGACCAAAUGAGUCUGCAGCAAAAACUCCUGUUUCUGCCAAGAAAGCUAAAACUGCUACUCCUGAAAAGACUAAUGGUAAGAAAAAUGUACAUGUAGCAACUCCCCAUCCUUCGAAGAAAGGUGGAAAGACACCCAACAGUACAAAAGGCCAGUCUCCCAGUUCUGCUGGACAACUAUCUUGCGCAAGUUGUAAAAAGUCUUUCACCAACGAAGUCGGUCUGCAACAACAUAAGAAGGCUAAGCAUGGUGGUCAGUGAAUAUUGAUACUGCAUUUUAUCGUACUCAUGUAGUAAUUUUCCCCUGUAUUACAGUGAGUAGGUUCGGAAGGUUGGUAAUUUAUCCUCACUAUUAGGCUAGUAAACGAAACUUCGAAAUUUUGUUUUGAUGUUUGAGUCCCUAUAUAUUGGAACUGCUGCAUUUAAAUUUUGUUAAUCAUUCAAUGCUUAGAAUAUUGUGAUGAUGUUGGUGCUUUGCUUUUUCUUUUGUGGCAUUAAAAUUCUCUUUCAAA